CGCCGACCUCCGUCCAGUGGCAGCAGAGACCGGCCGAGUGCCGCACUCCGGCCCGAGUUCGGGCCAUGCCCGACCAGGGCGGUCGGCGCUCACCGCCGCGAACUCGUCACCACCAGAGCGCGGCGCGGCGCGGCCUGCGCGGACUCCUCGGUACCGACCGACGCAGCCGAGAUGGACAGGAAGAGCGCCCCGCGGCGCCCCCGGCGGCCGCCGGUCGUCAGUCGCCGCCACCCCCGCCGCGGAUCGAGCGCCGCGUCUCCGACAGUAACCCGCUGCGCUGCCUGUACCCGUGGGCCUCCGAGGGGCUGCUCUCCACACUGGACGACUUCGGCGUGUUCCUACCGGGGGCCGUCAGCGACAGCGACCUCUCCGGCGGCGGCGGGGGUAGCAGCGAGACCCGGCGGACCUCCCUGCGCCCUCCGCGUCUGCGGCUCUCCCUGAGCCUCCCGCGGCGUCCGUCCGAGUCGAGCUCGUUCCGGCGCAGCUCGGAGCUCAUCAACAGCGCCGUCGAGUUCGCUCCGUUCACUCCGUGUACCGACCAGGAGCUGGCCGAGUGGCGGGCCGCCGCCGCCCGGCACGCGCCGCCCCCGCCCCCGCCGCCGCCGCCGCCCCCGCCGCCCGUGCAGCUCAAUGUACCGGAGACGGUGGCCCCAGUGGUGGACGUGUGUGCUGGUUUGGUGUCACUGACAGUCGGCCUGCAGCCGUCAGCGACCGCGCCCUCGGCGCCGCUACUGGAGGCGGCGCUGCGCCCCGUGGCCAGGGUGUGCUCCGGCCUGGCGGCAUUCACCGCCCAGAGGACGGCAGCGGAGGGCGGAGAUACGCCGGAGGAGCGCGGAGGGACGCCGGAGGAGGAUGGCGAAACUUCAGUGGAGGAUAGAGCAGCGCCGAACGGGCGAAACUCUCCACAUGUCCCAGAACAGACCACAUCAGAGACUCAGGACAAUGAUAGAGGCGGUCAAAUCACUCCAGAGACGGCCCGAAGGGUGCCUGUUGUGGUGGAGGUGACCCCUCCCAGUGAAACAGACCGCCCUGAUGGUCCGGGACAGGUGAAGGACGCCCUUCCGGCCCGUACCCGCAGGAAGGCGUUCAUCUACCUGAACCAGGGGUCGGCCGACUCCAACUACUCCCAGCCGUCGUCGGAGCUGUCACUGGACGAGGAGCGAGAGACGAACCGGCGCGAGACGGAGCGUCAGGCGCUGGCGCAGCUCGAGAAGGCACGGACGAAGCCGGUUGCGUUUGCUGUAAGGACCAACAUCGCCUACGAUGGCAGCCUGGACGACGACUCGCCCGUCCACGGCUCCGCCAUCUCCUUCGACAUCAAGGACUUCCUCCACAUCAAGGAGAAGUACAACAACAGCUGGUGGAUCGGUCGGCUGGUGAAGGAGGGCGCCGAGGUCGGCUUCAUCCCCUCCCCGGCCAAGCUGGAGACGCUGCGACUGCUGCAAGCGGGCAGCACGCGCAGCCGACCGCCGCCGGCCGGCACCGCCGCCGACAUCCUCUCCACCAGUCUGGACGCUGACCAGAAUGGCAUGGAGACCAACAUGGGCGAGGACUCUGACUCAGUGGGGAAGGGGAAGCCGGCGCUCACCACGCCUCCGGCCAGGGAGAAGCGGAAACCCUUCUUCAAGAAACAGGUAGGUAUCCAAAUAUAGACACGUCACUUUCUCAGCCAUGGCACCUCAAUCAUGAAUUAUCGUCCAGUCGCUUUUUUUUCUACGCCGCCACCCAUGAAUAGGUGACCAGGAGUGCGCCCUCCCUCUAUCCCAGCGACACACAGAACCUUACGUUAACACCAGACCAAACUUAAUAUGACAAGUCGCGGCACUCCCUGCUAAGAGUAAGGAAAAAAACAAAAGAAAGCAAAUAGCUGUGGAGUGAGCAUGCUGUUAAUAUGUUAACAUAAGAGAAGCAAAGUGGUCACAACUGCAAACAGUUAGUGACUGCCCUCCUACACCCCUGAAACGCCCACAGAUAUACACUCAUACAGGGUAAUGUUAGUGGGAGGAAGGUGAUAGAGGGGGAGCAGUCAUACAAAUAAAGUGGAUGGUUGAAGGUGAUCUUUCUGGUCAAAUUCGAGCAGGAUCAGUUACUGAACCCCUGCAGGGCCGUCCAACUAAGCAAGGCUUGUUGUCGGACAGCCCACAGAGGCCAGUUCCGAGGUGACAAGUGUAGAAAUAAAAUUUAAUUAAAAUAAAUAAGUCAACAUAACACAAUCGGGAGGUAAUGUCAAGAAACGCCAAGAACGAAAGACAAAAUGUAAAAUAAAAAUAAAAAUAAGAUAAAUUUAAUCAAAAUCAAAUUAAGUUUAAA